GUUCUAGUUACUCCUAUCAGGCAACGGCAUACAAAAUUCCUAGUGGAUCAGCUUCCAUUUGGUCUUUUACAGGCUACUAGUACGUGCGCACAAGCCCCUUCUGGUAUUCGUUGCAAGAAACCAACGUCAGCUACGUCCCUCUGCAACUGCCUCUGCAUCAUAACUUCUUUUCAACUUUUCCUCCCAGGUUUGUGUACAAAUCUUUGAAAUUAUGGAUAAUACUACACACCUCAUUAGUGGAUACACGCAUCCUUGGAACUAUGUCUGCAAAAUUGUCAUAGAAAAGCAAUAUUUGAGCUUUUGACACAUAUUAGCACUUCUGGUUAGAUUUCUUGAGAAUUCAGAAAAACGUGCACUUUUCUUGAGGACCAACGAAAAAGUCUGUCUUUGAGAGUAAUUGGGCUUCAUUUGUAUGGAUUUGGAUUUCUUGAAGUGGGGUUUUGAUUAUACUAAGAAGAAGAAGAAGUGGGUUCUUGCCUUUGGUGCAUUUUAUGGCGCAUAUAAAUUCUAUCACUUGCCUUCUGUGGUAAAGAAGAGGAAAAGAUUGUCAAAGCUCUUGGGCGCCCUUGUCGCCGUAGCUGAGAUGGUGUCUGAUUCAGCGGAGGCAGUUGGUGUCGUUUCUAGAGAUUUAAAAGAGUUCAUACAAUCUGAUUCUGAUCAAAUUCCCAGUAGUUUGAGGCAAAUAUCGAAGAUUACUAGGUCAGAUGAGAUUUCAGGGUCUCUGAUGAGGAUUACUACUGCUCUGACUCUGGGAAUAUUGCGUGGUAAUAGGCAGGAGAAACUGACGAGUGGCGGUUCCAUCAGUCCAAAAUCAGAUUUUUCUGACAGAAUAUUGGAUAAGCUUUUUUCGGAGGCAGGCUCUGGUUUUGCCUCUGUUGUUGUCGGCAGCUUUGCGAGGAAUUUGGUUGUGACUUAUUAUUCGAAUAAGCAAUUGAAUGGUUCCUCAAAUGCGGAUCAUGAUAUUUAUGAAUCGAACUCUACUGCUAAGUGGGUCAAUUUGCUACUUGAGGAUAAAUGUCGAGAAGUGAUUGGGGAUUGUGUACAAAUGUUCGUGAGUACAGCGGUUGCUGUUUUUCUUGACAAAACGAUGGGCAUCAAUCCUUAUGAUGAACUCUUUUCUGGGAUGACAAAUCCCAAGCAUGAAUCUAAAGUAAAGGAAAUGCUGUCAUCAUUGUGCAAUGGUGCCGUAGAAACUCUUGUCAGGAGCUCUCACCAAGUUUUGGCUGAUGCACAUGGUAGGGAUGCAGCUCACGAUUCGAAAUACCUACCUAGUGAAUUUGUGCUGAGCCCUAGUAAAGAUCAAAAGGCUUUAAUUCAGAGAAAAUUGAUGUCGUUUGGAUCCAAACCAAGCAAAUUAUCCUGUGAGAGUGAAGACAGUGGGUGGAUGAGGAAGAUGUCUUCCACUUUGGCAGUUCCGAACAACAGGAGACUUGUACUUGAUGUAACUGGAAGGGUGACGUUUGAAAGCGUGAGGUCUUUUCUGGAAUUUCUACUUGAAAAGAUAGCCGAGAGUUUGAGAAGUAGCGUUGAUGCUAUCCAUGAGGAGGUGAUUGAUAGGGGGAUCGAAGUUGUUCAACACGUCAGUAGAAAGUCUUCUGCCGCUGCUUCCAUAUGCCUUUGCUUAUGUUUGCACAUUCUGAGUAGUCCAUGGAUUUUGGUUCCGACAUAUUAAUCGGUUAUCCUGUGUUUGGUAUUGGUCGCAGCUCACUAGAUUCUUUCCCCGAGUUCAUCUUGGGCUUUAUACUUGCACGUAUAGCUGCCGUGAAUAUGUGGAAGAAUAUUGCUUACAUCUCAA